AAACCGAGAGGAGCAAAAUACUAAUAUGUAAAGAGGAAUUACAUAUUCGGUUGUUCAAGGUAUUAAAAGAAGAUUAGAAAGUAUUAUAGAAACUGUUGAUAUUGCAUGAUACAUUUCCAUUUAUCAAGAUAGAACAGUGAAAUGAUAACUACCUUCCCUUAUCAGUGUAACUCGUCUCGGAAACCACAUCAUUGAGUUACAUAAAGAAAUGGUUGGUUUUUGAUGAGUCGUGAUGCCUCGCCAUAGUAAAGUCCAGCUAGAGGUCCUACGUCUGUAUAAGCAUUGCCUCCGAGCUGCUGAGAAGAAGCCAGGAUUCUCGGAUAAUGUCAAGUAUGAAUUUCGAAAGAAUGCUGCCAUUCCCAAGACAGACAUGCUAAGAAUAGAGCAUAUGCUUCGACAAGGCUGGAGGAAACUCAAGAUGAUGCAAGAUCCUUAUGUCAGUAGCAUGGGACGUUUUGAGAAAUGAAAAACAAAGUGCUGUGCUGCAGUGGUGUAAUAUUUUUGAAAACUGUAUACAUGCAAAGUAAAUUUUAGUGUACAGAUGCUUCAGGCAUUGGAAAGAAAAUAGUUAAGAUAUUUGCUGCUUCAAUAUUUGUGAUGCCAAAUAAUUUGAUGAAUCUGGCUGCAGUCUCUAGAAAUGUGCUAGCUAGUACAACAGUCAUUUACGUAUAUGCGUGCUUAGACUUAUCUUUUUAUUUUGUGUAAUAAAGACAUUAGAAAGAAAAAUGGCAAACAAAAUUGUGUAUGUCCAAAAACUAGGGCGUGUUCCUUAUAAAAUGGCUUGGGAUUAUCAGAAGGUAGUUGCAGAGAAGGUGAGGCAGAAUGUGAAGUCUAAGAAGGAACCAGGCCACACCAUGCUCUUGCUGGAGCAUGAACCAGUUUACACAACAGGCAUUCGCGACCACGAGUAUUCUGCCGAGGAAGAGGCCAAAUUAAAGGCACUUGGAGCCGAUUUCCACCGCACAAACCGCGGUGGCCUUAUCACUUUCCAUGGGCCUGGACAGCUGACUGCUUAUCCAAUUCUUAAUUUAUCUUCCUUUAACCCAGGAAUAAAGUGGUAUGUGUGUGCUUUGGAAAGAGCUGUAAUUCGCACAUGUAGGUCUUUUGGUGUUGUUGCAGAAACUUCACCCCAUACUGGAGUUUGGGUGAAAGAUGAUUGAUUGGGUGAGUGAACAAAUAUUGGUAUCCAAGGUCGACAUGUUACUACCCAUGGCAUUGCUCUGAACUGCAAUAUAGACCUAAGUUGGUAUGAUAAUAUAAUACCAUGUGGCAUCCCAGAUAAAGGUGUAACGUCAGUGAGUAAAGAGUUGGGCAGGGAUGUUACUGUAGAUGAAGUUGUCCCCUAUUUCCUAAAAUCCUUUUCAGAAGUCUUCAAAUGUGACAUAGUCAUUUUGGAACAAGGUGCUAAACACUGAUGAGUUAUUAUGGUCAGUGAGUUAUAUGAAAGCUGCUUGGUCCUGUGGCUCUUUUUCAUGCCUACCAAUAUGAAUGCACAUUUUGGCUCUGCUGGACCAGUUGAAAGUGCAGAAUUUUAUUCCUGUUUUAAUAAAAUGUGCCACACUGUUUCAACUUCACUGUUGGACAUAAGAUUUUUUACCACUGAAUAUAGGUACUUACUUGAAGAAAGAAAUUAUGCAAAGGCUGUUUGAAUAUUUUGAUAAUGUUUACAGGGUAAUGAUUUUAAAGUGGCUAAAAGUUUUACACAACUGAAGUGCGUUUAAACUCAAAAUGAACAUAUUUGUAGAAAGAUGUGUAUAAUACAUAUGUAAUCAAGUUGUAAAUAAAAGUUGUACUUAAUUAA